AUGCAGAAGUGUGUCCAUGAGGAGCUACCCCUUGCCCCAGUUCAGGGGUGGCGACUGAGAGCGCCAGGCUACAACAGCGCAGGAGCAGCGCAGAGGAGCUUCCCCACGUCUGAGGUCAGGGGCGGCGGCCGAGAGGAGCUUCCCCACUUUCAAGGUCAGGGGCGGCGGGCAAGAGGAGCUACCACACACCCGAGGUCAGGGCCCGCGGCCGAGAGGAGCAACCCCAUCUCCAAGGAGCGGCUGCUGCAAGGGCACAGGAGGGCUGAGAGGAGCUACUCCACGUUCAAGGUCAGGAGGGGCGGCUGUGAGAAGAUACCCCUCGUCCAAGGUAAGGAGCAGCAGCUGCAGUUUGCUGGAGCAGCCGUGAAGAGAUACCCCACGUCCAAGGUAAGAGAAACCCAAGUAAGACUGUAG